GGAAAGGCGGCCCCGGCGGCGGGAGCGUCCCCGGGGCGCUGCGCGGGGAGGCCGGGCCAGCUGCGGGAGUCGCUGCUUCGCGGAGACCUUUCCCCUCCGCGGCCCCGGCCGGUCCGGGACAGGAGGAACCCGCGGCAGCCGCGAUGGACUCCGGCAGCGAGACCCACGAGCUCAACGGGCAGGCGGAGGGCGCGGAGGCGGCGGCCGAGGAGCGGCACAGAACAUCACCGUGGUUCCAAAGGAACCGACCCAUCAACAUCAACCACUACGCCAACAAGAAGAGCGCYGCCGAGAGCAUGCUGGACAUCGCCCUGCUGAUGGCCAACGCGUCCCAGCUCAAAGCCGUGAUGGARCAAGGGCCUUCUUUUUCCUUCUACAUCCCGCUGAUCAUUCUUAUCAGUCUGUCACUCACCCUGCAAGUUAUGGUAGGAGUGCUCCUGAUAUUCCUUGUAAAAUAUGACCUUAACAAUCCUGCAAAACAUGGAAAGCUGAAUUUCCUCAACAACCUUGCAACUGGACUAGUAUUCAUUAUAGUAGUUGUGAAUAUUUUUAUCACUGCUUUUGGAGUGCAGAAACCAGUGGCUGAGUCAGCAUCAAGACAGUAAUAACCAGAGACCUGGAGCAUUCAUKUUAGAUGCCAUUUGCAGUUGAGCCAGUUACACUGGACACAGUGAAGAAUGAGAAAUAAUCUAAAGAAGCUGGACACAUCAAGCAGCUUUCUCAAAUUUCCAACAACCAACACAUUUGUAUAUCUAGAAUUUUCCCAUGUGCUAAUAUUUAAACUGUUUGGCAUCUAAGAAAAAUUUGAUUUUGCCCCAAGGACAUUGUUCUUCUGGAAUAUAGGCAUUUCAAUUUCUGUAGAAACUUAAUUUUUUUUCAGAGAAGUGGCAUAAGCUCAUGAAACAAGGAAGUAUCACCUGGUAGCACUUCACAGGACUUUUCUUUUUACAUGCCUUUGGUUUUUGUGGCAAUUUGUCAUUUGCACUGUGAUAAGAAAUAUCAGGCCUUCGAUUUGGGCAGUCACAUUGUCCUUUAUUUAACAGCUUGGCACCAAGCCCAUGUACUGUGUAGCCCAGCARGGCUCUUCCUUUGCAGCAUGUAAAGGUAGCUGUGCCUUGGUUUUCCUUUUUUUCCACUCUAGCUAAAGCAAAGAUGAGACAAACGGAAACAAACAGCAUUCUUUUGUCCUGUUUUGUUCACAGGUGCUCAUWUGUCUUGUUUCUUCUUUGGAACAUUUAAAAUGUCCUGUCCUUCAUGCACAGACACAACCUAAUUGUUAAUAGUUUCUUACCAUGAACUGCUAUUCUGUGUAUUCUGUGCUUUUUAUGUAUUUAUUUAAUUCAUAGAAUAGUUUGGAUUCGAGGCACCUUUAARGAUCAUCUCAUUGCACCCCUGCCAUGAGCAGGGGCACSUUCCACUGUCCCAGGCUGCUCCAAGCCCUGUCCAGCCUGGCCUUGGRCACUGCCAGGGAUCCAGGGGCAKCCACAGCUUCUGUGGGUACCCUGUGCCAGGACCUCCCCACCCUCACUGUAAAAGGUUCUUUCUUAUAUCAAAUUUCUGGAAACCCAAUUAGAAGUGCCACCUUUUCUGGGCUCAUCUGGUAAACUGGAGGAGCCAGGGUGAACUUUACCUGCUAAACUGGUACCAAGUGUCUGUUAUCAGCAAUUCAAGUGGCGAAAUGAAGUUUUUCUCUCUACUUUCCUCUCUCUCUUUCCAUCAUUGAUUACUGCAGUUUUUUACUUUUAUGAGUUUGUGGCUAAAAGCAAAAAAAAUUUUUAAAUUUUUUGGUUUUAAAAAUAUAUAUAGAGAUAUAAAUAUCUUCUAGGCUCUUACCUGCUGGCUCAGGGACUUAGGCAUUUUCUAAAUACAGUAUUGCUAGUAAUGGUGUAGGUUACAAGAAUUUCUUCAACAAAAACAUUUUAAUCAUUUUAUUUCCAAAGUAUCAUACCUGCAAUCAAAAAAUCUGAAUUUUCUACAUAAGAAUAGGUGUUUUACUUUCAUGUGUCUCAUCUCAUUUACAGUUUUUAUUACUGGUAUUUCUCUUUGGUUAUGUCCCAAAGCCCAAUGAUGUACUUGGUUUUCAUGUAAAUAUUCUGUAGGAAUUACUAACAGAAAACAAAUCAGAAACGUGUGUGAUUAAUAAUGGAAUAAACAUUCUUUUAUA